GGAUACCUUGUGUUUCGCUGUGAAAGUAGUCCCGGUUAGUCGGGGGAUUAUCUGUAGCCCGGACUCGUUUGAUGGACGCAUUGGUCCCUGCAACGUUCACCCAGAAGACACUAGUUCCGUUAAUGUCUAAAGGUAAGCAAAUGGCCUCCGCCAUCAUUCAGACGCAGCAGCUACACGCUGCCAUGGCCGACACCUUCCUGGAACACCUGUGUCUCCUGGACAUCGACUCUGAGCCUGCCGUGGCUCGCAACACCGGCAUCAUCUGUACCAUCGGACCCGCCUCCCGAAAAGUGGAUAUUGCCAAGGAGAUGAUCAAAUCUGGGAUGAACAUUGCAAGAAUGAACUUCUCUCACGGAACUCAUGAGUACCACGCUGAGACCAUCAAGAACAUCCGUGAUGCCACCGAGAGCUUUGGACAUGGAAGCAUUGAGUACAGACCAGUGGCCAUCGCUCUGGACACCAAGGGACCAGAGAUCAGGACAGGCCUCAUCAAGGGUAGUGGCGAAGCUGAGGUGGAGCUGAAGAAGGGACAGACCAUUAAGCUGACCUUGGACGACAAGUACAAGGACAACUGUGAUGAUAAGAACCUGUGGUUGGACUACAAGAACAUCACCAAGAUCAUGAAGGUCGGCUCCCACGUCUUCAUCGACGACGGCCUCAUCUCCCUGAAGGUGAAGGAAGUCGGCUCCGACUUCUUGGACUGUGAAAUCGAGAACGGCGGUACCCUGGGCUCCAAGAAGGGUGUGAACCUGCCCGGGGCCGCCGUGGACCUCCCAGCUGUCUCCGAGAAGGACAUGCAGGACCUGCAGUUCGGCGUGGAGCAGGGAGUCGACAUGGUGUUCGCCUCCUUCAUCCGCAAGGCUGCCGACGUGCACGCCGUCAGGAAGGUCCUGGGGGAGAAAGGCAAGGACAUCAAGAUCAUCUCCAAGCUGGAAAACCACGAGGGCAUCCGCAGGUUUGACGAGAUCCUGGAGGCCAGCGAUGGCAUCAUGAUCGCUCGCGGAGACAUGGGCAUUGAGAUCCCCACAGAGAAAGUGUUCAUCGCCUCGAAAAUGAUGACGGGACGUUGCAACAGGAUUGGCAAGCCCAUCACCUGUGCCACACAGAUGCUGGAGAGCAUGAUCAAGAAGCCACGCCCCACCCGCGCCGAGGCCUCCGAUGUCGCCAACGCCGUCCUGGAUGGCAACGACUGCAUCAUGCUCAGCGGUGAGACCGCCAAGGGAGACUACCCACUAGAGGCAGUCCGCACCCAGCACAAGAUCGCCCGCGAGGCCGAAGCCGCCAUGUUCCACAGGCAGAUAUUUGAGGAGCUCCGUCGUACCUCCCAUCUGACCCGUGACCCCACGGAGACUGUUGCCAUUGGCGCCGUGGAGGCUUCCUUCAAGUGCUGCGCCAGUGCCAUCAUCGUGCUCACCAAGACCGGCAGGUCGGCACACCUGCUGUCCAGGUAUAGGCCCCGCGCCCCCAUCAUCGCUGUAACCCGGUGCGGCCAGACUGCCCGUCAGGCCCAUCUGUACCGCGGCAUUUUCCCUGUGCUGUACACCAAACCCGCCAACGAUGUGUGGGCCGAGGACGUUGACCUCCGCGUCAACUUUGCCUUGGAGAUGGGCAAACACCGUCAGUUCUUCAAACCUGGUGAUGUGGUGAUUGUUGUGACUGGCUGGCGUCCAGGAUCUGGUUACACCAACACCAUGCGUGUCGUGCUCGUCCCUUGAACCGCCUCACAGGACAUUCUCUCUCUCUCUCCAUCCUCCUUCCCUCUCUCCUGUCCGUGUAAGCCCCUCCUUCCCCUAGAAGCCAUGUUUUUGUCCUCUGCUACUCUCGAGACUCGACCUUUUGAA